UGAAGAGAACUCACUGUUCGUCUAAGGACCUGAAUUCAGUUCCCAGUACUCAAUGUAAGAUGAUUCACAACAUGGUAUAAUUAUAGCCCCAAGGGAUCAAACACACUGGUAUCCAGAGGUCUACAAACACAGACUCACAUGCACACCCACAGAAAUACACAUACACACACACACACACACACACACACACACACACAGACACGACACACAUACACAGAGAAAUGUUCUCUCUCUCUCUCUCUCUCUCUCUCUCUCUCUCUCUCUCUGUCUCUCUCUAAAACUUGAAAAAAAGAUUGUUAUUUGAGCCUUAAGAGAACUAUAGUUCCUGUCAUGUGCUGGACUCUGGAAAACUGGGAAAGAAACAUACUUUGGAAAUGUAUGUCUAAUAACAGGGCCCAACUGAGUAAUAUCACGUGCAAAAAUCAUAUUCCUGAAAAAUUUCCAUUCAUCAUUAUGUGAUUUGAAUCUACUAGAAGGAUCCUAACAGCAUGUCCAAACUCUAUCCAGAUUUCAUAAACAUUUUUAAAUUUGUUUUCAUGGAGGCUAACUUUGCUUUAUGGCAAACGUUUAAAUGGAGUAUGGAUUGUAAACCAAUCGUCCAAGGAGCAGACUGUAGCACCCAGACAGAACCCCAGGUCGUAGCUGUAACGUGUGAUUUUUGUUUUUAAAAGAUUUCUGUGGCCCAUUGCUCGCUGUACCUUCCAGGGCUGUGAGCAUGUCAGUUAGUUUCUGUUUUUCUCACCCCCUCUCAUCUUUGCUUUUUCCCCUUUACUCCAUUGUGACUCUGGGAAAACUUUUAUAAAAGAGACCUUUGAAGUAGCACACAUCAGGUCUCAGCAUAAGGGCCAAUCUCCAUCAUAAUAUUAAAGUCGCUACUUGGAUACCCAGGUGCUGGUUUGAAGGUUGAGCCUAUGACAUCAUAUAUAAACAACUGAUGGAAAACAAGAGGUCAUGGAUCUGAAAGAGAGCAAGGAGGUGUAUAUGGGAAGGUUUGAGGUGAGGAAAGGAAAAGGGGAAGUAAUGUAAUUAUUUUAUAAUCUCAAAAAAUAAAAGAAAUAUUUUUUAAAGAAGCGUUUAAAAGGCCAUUGGUCUAAAAGUAAGUCUUGAGCCUUUAUGCUCUAAGUAUAGCAAACACACGCGUAAGAGGUCUAAUUCUUUAAAUACUUUUGUAUUCUAGUGAAGAAAAUGGUGACUAAAUAAAAUAGUUUAUUUAUAGAUUUGGGGACGUCUGUGUAUUGAAGAAUGCUCAUAUUACAUCUUCUUUAAUACUUGUCUUUCCCCUCUGACUGCCGCACAGUGCAUCCUGUGACCACAGAAGGCAAAGCUUUGGGGAUCUAUUUGAGUGCAUCUAAAAAAAGCAUCUCUUGUACCAAGGAUAAAAGUUCUAGGUGUCUUUUUAAACCAAAGAGUAAAUCAUUGUGUUAAACCCAAGGGUCAUCCUGACAUGAGUGGCCUUUGUUUGCAGCAGCGAGCUGGCGCCCUGAACUCAGGCCACAGCAGCUCCCGGGUCCAUAAGGAGCCUGACUCGUUGAGAAGCUACGGGCAGUUUCUCAAUUCAGUAGUGUUACUGCUUUGCUCAAUUUUUUUUUACCAUUCUUGAAAGGUUCCAGGAGCUCUGUUUAAAAUGUUGUCGACAUAAGAAGUUUGAUGGAUUUUUAAAUUGUUAAUUAUUUUAAGGUUUUUUUCACUUUUUUUAUUAUUUUAAAAGAUUUUAGCAGGCAGUCAAUUUUUUUUUAAAUGAUUUCGUUAUCACCUAACAGUUAUUGUCUUUCUCUCUAGAUAUCAACACAAAUAGUUUUUGUGGAUUUCUGAGAUAGAAACAACACUAUAAAAGUCUACUCUUUGAUGCAUACAUAAAAAUGUAAGAAGCAACUGCAGAGCUGGAAAUGGAUCCUCAAGACUUAAAGGUCUCAGAGUGAUUUGCUUGCCCACACCUGGGAAGCACGGCGCAGCUCCAUAGAACUGAAAGGAAGCAUCGCCGAGCCCUUUAGAAACAUUUGCUUUGUGUUCGCAGAAUCCCACAUGACUUACCCUGCCUGGUUACACCAAAGAAGUGUCAAAUCUAUGACAUAAUGCUAGUAUUUUUGAGUCUACAGGGGAAAAAAAAAAGAAAAAAGAAAACCUCCUCCUCAAACCUGGAGCCUGAAGCUGUAAUUACGAUGCCAUGAACAGAAAGUUGUGUUUUGUCAGCUUUGACCGUGAACGGGUGGCAGCAUAAUUCCACGCUGCUGCUGGAGCCGGGUGCAGCUGUGCAAGCUUUGGGAUCUGUUGUUGUUUACUGUUUAAAGAGUCAAUCGCUCUCUCCUUAGACUUGUGAGGGGACAGAGUAUGGUUGUGCUGGCCGCCUGCUCUGCUGCAGGCUUUGUGUUCGGUCAGUUCAGUCAGGAAAAGCUAUCAACUGCCAAAAGAGAAUAUCCGCUGCAGUCUCCUCCCUCAAGUUAGCGUACGUCCUCACUUACAGCUGUAACAUAAUAUAGUGAUACACUACCUAUAUAACUUACAUACAUUUCCAUAAUACAGUGAUAUGUUACAUACAUAAGUUCUACAGUUACUUGACACCUAUAGUUUAAGUAUUGAAUCAUUGCAUUUGAUAUUUGAUUCAAACACAAGUUGAAUUAUGUGAUUGACUAAUUUUUAUGGGGAAGAAUUAUCGUUAUCGACGUAAUUUCACAUAUAAGAUUCUAUGUGAGAAAACACAGUAGUGUACGCACUUUCAUUACUAAAAUUAAAUACAUAAAUUUUAUGAACACUCUGAAAUGGUAAGACACAAUUCCUAACCCAGAGGAAGUUGACAGAUUCAUUAUUAGGAGUAAAAUUAACACAGCAGAAAAGAACAUGGGUUAAAAGUGCAGUGUUAUGGGAUAGAAAAUGAACCAAACACUAAAUAAAGUGAAGGGAAUGUUUAUGAUAUUCAGAAUGUAGUCUUGUCUAAGCCAUGAUAAAACGGAAGGGCUCUUACAGUGGCAUAUGCAGAACUCCUUCUUAGGAAGCAGGAAUUAGGGGGGAAAGGUUUUCACUGAGUUGGAGGUAGUCUGAGUUUAUUCCUCUUUAAAGUAAGUAUGGACAUUGAAGGGGAGAUGGGAAGGCGCAACAGGUCAAAUGCUGUAAGCUCUGCCCCAGCGGGCGCAGGCGUUAGGGCCCUUGGACACCCUUCCGAGGAAAGCAACUUGAGGCAGCCACAGUAGCAGGUGCUGUAGUCCCAGUAGCUUGGGAGGCUGAUGGAGGAACGGCUGCUUGAGGUUAUACUCAGGAGUCUGAGAGUAGAUUGGGUAACACUGACAGCUGGUCAGUCAGGGAGAAAGACUAUGAAAAUACUGCCAGGGGAUGUGGUAAUGAAUAGUAAGGCCUGGGCAUGUACCAAGGACUAGGCUCAUUUCCAAUACCUGAAAAAUGAUAUUGGCUUCAUUCGCAAAUUUUUAUGUUUUCCAAAUAAGACACCUUGGGAGAUUUUUAUAUUAAAAGAAGUAUAAAAAAAAAACCUUUGAGAGGCAGUGCAAAUUCGAUAAUACUAUUCUCUAGUUUAUGGUUGUAUCCCAGGUUGUUGAAUGCAAUGACAUUGUGGACAUGCAUGUUAGGAAGAGAGAGAUGGAGUAGAAGCAGGACUAUAACUUGUAGGGUAGAGACAGGGGGAGGGGAAACCCAAAGAGGAAAGCAAGAGGGAAAAUCCACAGUCUUGUAGACACAAGCGCUCAGUGAAUUUUCAAUGUUCUGCUGUCAGGGCUGGUGUGCUGCACUCUACCUGAAUUACUGGCUUUUCUUCAAAACUUUUUUGACUAUCUGAACACUACUCAGGAUUCUGUAGCUACUAAAGAACUGAUGCAUUCAUUUAUCAGGAACAGCAGAACAUUCUAGCAAAGCUGAGCGAUGACAUUGUACCACGGUAACGAGAGCCACGGCAGACAAUGUUAAGUCCUAAAGAAAUCAAAUCAGCAGGGCAUCCUCUCAUCCUGCUCUCUUCACUUUGAAACGAAGGCAUUGGAUUUCAGUCUGUGUUUUGUUGUGGGAUCUGUAAUCAACACUGGAUUUCUUAUAAUAGAACGUUCUUGAUCAGUGAAGAAGACACUUUGGAACCUAACCCUUCUGACCUCCCUUUGCUUUUCACCAAAAUACCCUUUGAAAAGGAAGAUUCUGUCUGAUGUGGCAAUGCCUGUUCCAGUGGAAUCCUGCUUCAGGUGACCUCCUUUCUAAGGACCCUAGCUCUGUGGCUCUGUCCAGUUCAAAAUGGCAGAAAAGGCACCUCCUGGCUUGAACAGAAAAACAUCCAGGUCAACACUUUCUCUUCCUCCAGAACCAGUGGACAUUAUCCGAAGCAAAACAUGCUCUCGGAGAGUUAAGAUCAACGUAGGGGGCCUUAACCACGAAGUCCUGUGGAGAACUCUGGACAGGCUACCCAGGACGCGCCUGGGGAAGCUCCGAGACUGUAACACGCACGAGAGUCUCCUGGAGGUGUGCGAUGACUACAACCUUAAUGAGAAUGAGUAUUUCUUCGACCGCCAUCCUGGAGCCUUCACAUCUAUUCUGAACUUCUACCGGACGGGAAAGCUCCACAUGAUGGAAGAAAUGUGUGCCCUCUCCUUUGGCCAAGAGCUUGAUUACUGGGGCAUCGAUGAGAUCUACCUAGAGUCCUGCUGCCAAGCCAGAUACCAUCAGAAGAAGGAGCAGAUGAACGAAGAACUUAGAAGGGAGGCAGAGACCAUGCGUGAGCGCGAGGGGGAGGAGUUUGAUAACACCUGCUGCCCAGAGAAAAGGAAGAAACUUUGGGACUUGCUGGAGAAGCCGAACUCAUCCGUGGCGGCAAAGAUCCUGGCCAUCGUGUCUAUCCUGUUCAUCGUCCUUUCCACCAUUGCUCUGUCUCUCAACACACUUCCGGAGCUGCAAGAAAACGAUGAAUUUGGGCAACCCAGUGACAACCGGAAGUUGGCGCACGUAGAGGCUGUGUGCAUUGCUUGGUUUACCAUGGAGUACCUUUUACGAUUCCUGUCCUCACCAAAUAAAUGGAAAUUCUUUAAAGGCCCACUGAAUGUCAUUGACCUCCUGGCCAUCUUGCCAUACUAUGUAACCAUCUUCCUCACCGAGUCCAACAAAAGUGUGCUGCAGUUCCAGAAUGUGAGACGCGUGGUCCAGAUCUUUCGAAUCAUGCGCAUCCUCAGGAUCCUGAAACUCGCCAGACACUCGACGGGCCUGCAGUCUCUGGGUUUCACCCUCAGGCGGAGUUACAAUGAGUUGGGUUUAUUAAUACUGUUUCUGGCCAUGGGAAUAAUGAUAUUUUCCAGUUUGGUGUUUUUCGCUGAGAAAGAUGAAGAUGCUACAAAGUUCACCAGUAUCCCUGCAUCAUUUUGGUGGGCUACCAUCACCAUGACCACUGUGGGCUAUGGUGACAUUUACCCUAAAACACUGUUAGGGAAAAUUGUGGGUGGCCUUUGCUGCAUUGCAGGAGUCCUGGUUAUUGCCCUUCCUAUCCCCAUCAUUGUGAACAAUUUCUCUGAGUUCUAUAAGGAACAAAAACGCCAGGAGAAAGCUAUUAAAAGGAGAGAGGCUCUUGAAAGAGCCAAAAGAAAUGGAAGCAUCGUUUCUAUGAACUUAAAGGAUGCCUUUGCUAGAAGUAUGGAACUGAUCGACGUGGCCGUGGAGAAGGCUGGAGAGUCGGCCAAUAUCAAGGACUCCGUGGAUGAUAACCACCUGUCUCCAAGCCGGUGGAAGUGGGCCAGAAAGGCGCUGUCGGAAACAAGCUCCAACAAGUCUUACGAGAAUAAGUACCAGGAGGUUAGCCAAAAAGACUCCCACGAACAGCUGAACAACACUUCUUCCUCCAGCCCACAGCAUCUGAGCGCCCAGAAGCUGGAGAUGCUAUACAAUGAAAUCACCAAGACACAGACUCAUUCCCACCCGAACCCAGACUGCCAAGAACAGCCAGAGAGGCCAUCUGCCUAUGAGGAGGAGAUAGAAAUGGAAGAGGUGGUCUGCCCACAGGAGCAGCUGGCUGUGGCACAGACCGAGGUCAUCGUGGACAUGAAGAGCACCUCCAGCAUUGACAGCUUCACCAGCUGUGCCACUGACUUCACGGAGACUGAGAGGUCACCCCUGCCACCACCCUCUGCCUCUCACUUGCAGAUGAAGUUCCCCACCGACCUCCCAGGAAUGGAUGAGCACCAAAGAGUCAGGGCACCUCCAUUCCUAACACUAAGCAGAGAUAAGGGGCCUGCUGCCAGGGAGGCUGCACUGGAUUAUGCCCCAAUUGACAUAACUGUGAACCUCGAUGCUGGGGCUUCCCAUGGUCCUUUGCAACCUGACAGUGCCAGCGACAGCCCCAAGAGCUCGCUGAAAGGGAGCAACCCCCUCAAGUCUAGAUCCCUAAAAGUGAACUUUCAGGAAAACAGAGGCAGUGCACCCCAGACCCCACCCAGCACAGCCAGGCCACUGCCAGUAACCACAGCUGACUUUCCGCUCACCACCCCCCAGCACAUGAGUACCAUUCUUCUAGAAGAAGCCCUCCCCCAGGGACAGAGACCCUUGCCGGGGGCUGAUGUUUCAGCACACUGUCAGGGACCAUCCAAAGGUCUAUCCCCACGAGUUCCCAAGCAAAAACUGUUUCCUUUCUCUUCUAGAGAAAGGAGGAGCUUCACUGAAAUAGACACUGGAGAAGACGAAGACUUCUUGGACCUCCAAAGGCCAAGACCAGACAAGCAAGCAGAUCCCAGCCCCAACUGCUUAGCAGAUAAGCCUGGAGAGGCCAGAGACCCUUUAAGAGAAGAGGGCUGUGUGGGUUCCUCCUCUCCCCAGAACACAGACCACAACUGUAGGCAAGACAUUUACCAGGCUGUGGGUGAAGUCAAAAAGGACAGUAGUCAAGAAGGGUACAAGAUGGAGAACCACUUGUUUGCCCCAGAAAUUCAUUCUAACCCAGGAGACACAGGUUAUUGCCCCACUCGUGAGACCAGCAUGUGACUAGUUAUAAAAGCAAUAAAAGAAAAAGACUCAUUUCUUAAAAAUGCAUUAAAAUGCCGUGAACUAAAAUAUGAGAAACCCCGCCCCCUAAUACCAGUGCAUAAAAUGUUAUUUUUGCAUGGCAUGAACAGCUUAGUUUAAGGAUUGUUUAAAUAAAGAGUUGAGACUGCAUUUUGUAACAAACAAAACCGAGUCCUGAACAGUGAGCAAAUAAAGUGCUCUCUUAGGAACCAGUGCUCAGCCCUGUCUGACAGUUUUGCUCCUUAAAUUUCCGACAGCAGGCAAGUUUCGAAGUUUUAACUCUUACAUCCCAAUGAACUUUAGAAUUUGCACAUGAAAGGAUGAAAUGUUGUUGCAUGUGUUCAUGCUUAUGGGGAGUAAGGUGCUUUCAGCUUGCAAAACAUAACUUUGUCAAUAGGCCUGGAUGGAAACAUGUCACAAACAUGUGGACAUGACCUUUCUGAGACACAGGUUCCUCCACAGCUACAGCCUGAGGAGCUGUCCAGACUUCCUGUUGCAAAACUGUAACCUCUUCUUAACCCGUUUUGUGCAUCUUGCUUUAGAUUAUAAAGCUCUUGUGUUUGUUUAAAAGAAUACAGUAUUUUUAUUUAUUUAGGAUAUAAUUUGAGGGGUGUGUUUAUAUGUAUUUUCAUUUAUUUGGGAUACAAUUCACAUGGUAUUUUUCUUUUCUUGCUUUUGCUUAGUUGUUGCAAUUGUGAUGUCCUUUAUAAAUUAUGGAGAUUAUAAGAUUUAAUGACCAGAUAUCAAGUAUUUGGAAUUUAAGCUUUUACUUUGGCCUAUAAACUAAAUAUCAUGUCAUAGGCCAUUAUAGAAAUUCACUUAACUAAACCUGAAAAUGUACAGAAGGCUCUAUUAUAAAAUAAAAUUUUUAAUUAGUAUUCCAUGUUUGGGAAUCACCUUUAAAACAAUGUCUUUUGCACUCCAAACAUGGCUGUAGUUUCCUCUGCUGUCCAACAGGUAAAGAUCUGUUAAAAAUGAUCCAUGAAAUGACUUUUAACAAACUCAAAGUAGAACCACCUUAUGUUACAAAGCUGAUCCCAGCAUGAGUUACCAGGCUAGAAGCCCAGAUGUGGGCCACUAAAUAGUUUUCAAUAUAGGGUAGAGACCUAGAUGACAAUACGAGUUGCAGAAUGAUCUUCUUGCAGACUUCGAAUCCUUCCAAGAAUGGCAGAACACUCCCAGUAAUGGCAGCAACCAGACUCUCUCAGGUUUCCAAGCCUAGAACCUCUUUAAAAAGACUUUCCUUGCUGAAGGUCACGCCAGGUAUUUUCUUACUGGGAACACAAAAUCCAGAGGCACUGAGCCCUGGACACUGAAGGUUACCCUGUUCAUUGACCCCACCUUGCUUUGUGGAAAUCAAGGCUCUACUUACUGGUACUUACAGCUACCAGCUGUGCAGUCUCCAGUGUGGCUCCAACCUCCUGGGAUCUCUCCUGCAUCAAAAUAAAAAUAUAGACGAAAUUAUGUCUAAGCCCACUUACGGUCUCAAAGUACUGAUGUCGAAGUUUCCGGGCAAUGCUCAGGCUUUGCAGCAGCAAAAUGCAUUUCAUGCAUGUGUGUGUGUAGUCCAGGGAAAUGGGGAGACCGCCAGCACAAACUACAAAAUGUAUCAUUUAAGGGGGGAAAGUGUAAAUUUUAUUCCUUAAAAAAAAAGUUUAGAAAAAUAGCCCAAAUAUUUAGAAUCUAAGUCUUUGAUGUCAUUUAAUUAACAGGAUCUGGUCAUUAAAUCUCAGAUAAGGAAACAAAUCUUGAUUUUAGUUAAAAAUCUAAGCAGUCCUGAUGUUAAGAAUAAUGUAAAAUAUUUCUUUUGUCCCAUUGUGCUUAGGAUUUCUUAAUGGUUUUCAUGUUUAUUUCAAAGCAAAACCUUUAAGAGUUUAUAGUCAUUAAUUAUUGAUAUUUAUAUUCUGCAUACUUCUUUUUGUGUCUAAAGACUGUGUUGAUCAGUUUUUGUAAACUAGAGUAUUCGGAUUUUCUAUAUAUAGUUUUACAAAGUCAAGCAGGUAUAUCUAUUGUUAGAUGAAUGUAAGUUAGGAAGAUCAUUUUCUUUAUACAGCCUCACGAAGCACUUAUUUUCUAAGGUCUCCUAUUGAUGAAUCUAUUUUUUUUAUUCAUCUGGCUUCAUAAGCGGACUUACUGCCCUGUCAUAUGACCAGUGUUCCAUGUUCCUGUCUGUCAGGCCCUCUCCUGAGAACUCUGUUCCACAAUGCUUAUGAUAGGGACCCUUGUCCAGUUCCUGCUGUUUUCCCUGGAAGCAUUUCUCCCAAGCACUCUCUCCCUUUCAUCCUCAGAGUUUGUUUGGAAAAUUGUCGUUUAUUUCAAUUUUAUGUUCUAAAGAAUUUUUUUAAUCCCUUGGAAAUUUCAAUCUUUGAGUCUUUCUAGUUCCUCUGAGACAAAAAUCUUCAGGUAGGAGAAACACAUGAACACUUUCCUCUAAGAAAUCUUUAUGUCGUUUCACAAGGAGGUAUCGCCCAGAAUGCACCUGUGAACCCCUUCUAACCUUCAGCAAAUGCCGUCAAACUCAGAGGAGAAUAUGUAAGUCUGGGAAGACCUGGAUACAUCUAUCAAGUGGAGUUCUUUUUGAAGUCUUUUGUUCUACAUUAAAAGUUCAUGCCCAUGCUGCAACUUACUCCAUGUUUCAGAAUUUUUAAAUGCUGUUUUAUAUUAUGUAUCAACUAGUAAAACUGAAUCUUAUGAAUUCAAGUACCUCUUUUGUAUCCCUUGGAAAACAUCACCCAAGCUUAGGAAGGACUACCUGAAGGAGCUGUUGGAAAGUUGUGCUUCCAAGAGCUCAUUUCACCAUUAGCUAGCUCAGUGAUCAGGGAUAAACACCAGUGAGAAAGAUUAUUCAAAUGGCCUCAAAAUAACACGGUCCUUCAAAUGGCUAAGCUGUUUCUGCCCACUCUUGACCAGUGCAAAUUGCCUCAAGAUGUUUUUAAUUUCAAAGAUAAGAGCAUAGAAACGGGUAUGCAUUGAGUGCCGAAUAUCGACUGAUGGUAGAGGACCGGCCUAGUGUGCAUGACACCCUGCUUAAUCCCCAGCACUGUAGAAGUCAAAGGGGAAGACAGGAAGAAAUGUCUUAAGUAGGUCCACACCAAGUGGAUCCCUGAAACUGACCUAAUUGUUCUCUAAACAUCUCACUAGAAAUGCUCUCACUCUGACACAGUCAACUACUUUAAAGCAAUACGUGAGCAAGCAGGAUCAUAAUGAGACCAGAUCUGUUAGCAAAAGAGAGUUGGUGCCCAGUGUCCAUUCCCAUAUUCUCUUGCUAACAUUCUGACUCUCAGGCUGGCCACGGAAAUUUUACAAUUUAUCGUCUCUUGAAGUUAUAAAGGGUGAAAGAAAAGCUUAGGUAUGUUUCUUCUCAACAGCUUUCAGAAUUAUCGGUAAAGACAGAGAUGUUCUGUUCCACCUAGGCUAGUGGCGGACCCUGACCUCACACACACCAUCUGGCUCUAAGUCUGGCGUUCUAAUGCAUCACUGGAAAGGGUGUUCGAUGGUCAAAAUUACGUAAACAAAAAACAUCUUGAUAAGAUGAGGGUUUUAUUUUAAAGUAGCAAAUCUGUUGGGUAGUAAGAGCUAUGGACCAAGUUCGGCAUUUCUGGUGGCCAGUUGGUAAUUCUGGCUGCAGCACAGCCCUUUGCUAAAGAGAAGGCUUCACUGGUUGCAGCUCGGUGUGGCACACACAUGAGGCAGAAGGCUAUAGAAGACCACGUGAUCUUCCUGAACAAAUGCAGACAGGGCUAAAAUUAUCCCCAAUCCAAACCGAAACACAUCAUUGACUGAGUUUUAUCACUAGAAUGCUGUUCACUCAUUCAAACAACUCUCAAUGAACAUCUCUCUCUCUCCUGUGCCAACCACAGUAGCCUGACAAGGAAGGGCUCAGCUCUUAGCCUCCUGUCGCUCCCAGCUGCAAGCACUGACAGGAAGCUGAAGAUACUGUGGUUGCUGCUAAAAGGUCACCUAUCAGACAGAAAAAGAAUCACCCAAUGACCUCAUCAGAGAAUUACAGAACAUACAUAAAUUAUAUUACUUUCCCAAAGAACUAUUUUUCUAAGAAAUAGAUGAACUGAAUAAAGCCUAAUUUAUAUUGAUGUUUGAACCAAGUUUAUUUUUCAUGCUUGAAAUGGCAAAUUGUUGAUCUGAUUACAUGAGGUCAUGAACUAUCUUUGUUAUCUGAUAAAUUAAAAGAUAAUAUUUUAUGGUUGGGAAUGAACCUCAGUGGUAGAGUACUUGUCUGCAUGAGGCCACAGAUUCAAUUACCAAUACAGAAACAAAAAAAAUAUGAUUAUUUAAAUUAGAUAUAUUUCUCAUCAAAAUAGCUAAUAAUGGUAUGUCACAAUAACUAAAGCAAAAUUUAAGUAGUAGGAAAGGACUGAAAAUUUUUACAUUUAUGAGCAGCAUGUUAGUGCUUUUUUCCUGUAGUCUCUUGGCAAUAUUACAUGAAUAUAUCAUUAUUCCCCACUCAAUCCUCUAAACUCUUCACAUUGAAAAAUCAACAUUCAAAGUCCCUUGGUUUGGCUCAAAGAAUUUAAUCACUAGGUCUAUGGAGAUUUGAAGGUAUAUUUGGUUAUUUUGCCACUGCAAUCUCAAAGUAAUAAGUAGAUAAAUAAAACAUAGAUAGAUAGAUAGAUAGAUAGAUAGAUAGAUAGAUAGAUAUGAAAAAAGAGAAAAAGAAAUGCAUUUGGUGGCACAUGCUCUAUCCUAGCACUUGGGAAACAGGAGGACCCUGAGUCUAAACACAGCUUGUCACUACAUAGUGAAUUUCAGAUUAGCUCGACCACAUACUAAGGCCAUCUCAUAAAGGGAGAAAGAGAAGGAGGAAGAGGAGGGGUGAAAGAGGAGGAAAAGCAGAAGCAGUAGCAGCAACGUCAGACAUAGUGCUAUACAGUGGAGUCCCUACACUCAGGAGGCAGAGGUAGGCUAAUACUGAGUUCAAGGCCAGCCUAGUCUAUAUAAGAAGUUCCAAUCCAGACAGAGAUACACAGUGAGACACUGUCUUUAAAGAUAGAUGGGGGGGGGGGGAGGAAAGAAAAUAAAAAGAAACUCUGAGAUGUAACAGAAAUGAAACCGUUUAAAGGCCAGUUUCUGCUAAGGAGAGGAAGGCCUUGGCUCUGCAGUUCUGGUGAGCAGCCACCCACGCUGUAGUUAACACCGGGAUGUGCUGCAAUCCUCUCAUGGUUUCAAUGGCCAUUUUUUCCACUUGCCUUUGUAAAAUACAAUCACACGGAUCCUUGUUUACCACCAUCGUUAACAUGCAUUACCUUCCUUAGUAACACUAAAAAGCUUGCAUAUAUAUAUAUAUAUAUAUAUAUAUAUAUAUAUAUAUUCAUUUCGAAGCCAGCAAAAGACAAAAAUAUAAAAGAAGAAAAAUUCUUAAACGUAAGUAAUUAUUAUUCUUAUUUGGUGGAUAUAUUUGUAUAAAUGUUGUACUUAUAAAAAAUACAUGUGUAAAAUUUAAAUACUUAGAAGAUACAUGAAGAAUAAAAUCAGAAGUUACUUCUUAUCCUCAAACAAUCCCAGAUUACUGUUGACACCUAACGACUCUUUCCUGAGCAUCUCUGGUUUGCCUGAAGGUAAUGUAUGCAAUCAGUCCAGGUUAUAGCCUAGCAGAUGUUUGUUAUUUAAAUGAUCCUGUUCCCAUGUGAAAUCCAGUCCCACAGAGUGGGCUAGAAAUAACAUGACAAGACGGCUAUGUCUGUUCUCUAAGAUCUCCAAGGUUCUUUUCUGUUUCCUUAGACACAAGGUGCUUCCUUUCAUUAUUUAAUUUAAUAUCCAGAUUCCACCACAUAAUUUCUAAACAUUCCAGCUUAAAAAUAAAUAGUUGUUGGAUAUUUAGUGACAGUAUGUGAAGAUAUUUUCAAUUUCUAAAGGGAAAGAUGAAUGCAAGAUAAUAUUACAGCCAAAAACCAUGUUUACUAAUUAAAAAUGACUUAAAAACACAGAGAAUGUAGGAACUCUCUCUAGGUAGCCCAAAUUGACCUCAGAAUCGCAAUCCUCUGUCUCAGCUGUCUAUGAAGUAACCAUUUUUGAGCAUUUUGUUUCAUAUUUUUCAAUCCCAUUCUCUAGUUAAGCCAACACCACCAACUGCUUUAGUAAAAGCCAAAUGCUGGUCUGAGCAGUGUAGAUUCUGUUCAUCUGCAGAGGGACCCACAGACAACGAGAUGACUGUGGGACCCACUGACAAGCAAUGAGAUGAAAAUAGGACUCACUGACAAUCAACAGGAUGAUGGUGGGUACCACUGACAGACAACGGAUGAUGGUGGGACUCACUGACAGACAACAGGAUGAUGGUGGGUACCACUGACAGACAACGGAUGAUGGUGGGACUCACUGACAGUCAACAGGAUGAUGAUGGGACCCACUGACAGACAACAGGAUGAUGAUGGGACCCACUGACAGACAAUGAGAUGAUGAUGGCACCCACUGACAGAAAAUGAUGGUGAGACCCACUGACAGACAACAAGAUGGUGGUGGGACCCACUGACAGACAACAAGAUGGUGGUGGGACCCACUGACAAACAAGAUGACAACGGGACCAACUGACAGACAAUAAGAUGACAGUGGACCCACUGACAGACAAGAUGGUGGUGGGACCCACUGACAGACAAGAUGGUGGUGAGACCCACUGACAGACAAGAUGACGGUGGACCCACUGACAGACAACAAGAUGGUGGGAGAGUUUUUCUUACAGUUACUUUUCAUGUUUUUCAAACUGAAACAGAUUUGAGGCAGCAUAACAAGGCAGAACAAUAGCCUCUCAGAAUGACGACACAUGACAACGAGAGACAAAAGGCUCAGAGGUGUAUCACAAUAUCCACCCUCCUGCCUUCAGCUUAGGUCUCCUUUGCUGCUCAGUGCAGGGAAAAAUAAUUUGAAAAUUGUACAUAGAUAUAGCAGUCAAGGCCCUUCAGUCCCACCCCUAGAUCCCUGCCACCAUUCCUUCCCAAGUCCAUGUAUUCUGCAAAGGGUGAGAUUCUAUUUGCACAGAAAGGGGGUUGGUAACCAGGAGUAAGGACAAGUUCUCUGCCCUUCACAGUGCACAUGUCCCCUGCAUGCAGUCAGAAGCAACGAGGGCCAGGCAUUCCUGUGUUCACAACUCCUUUUUCUUUUCUUUUUUCUUUUUCUUUUUUUUUUUUUUUUGGAGCUGGGGUCCGAACCCAGGGCCUUGUGCUUGCUAGGCAAGUGCUCUACCGCUGAGCUAAAUCCCCAACCCCACAACUCCUUUUUCUUUUUGCUUCCCCUCUGUGUUUGGGACCCUGCACUUGUGACCCUGUACACUAUGCUUUCAGGGCACCCCACGUGAUGCCCCAAAUUACAAAAAAUCUCGGUUGUCUACAUCAUGAUUAAUGCUCCAUAUCUGUGCUGGACUGUACAGUGUGUGUCACUUUGACAUCGCUGCCACUGUGGGAGUCUAGACAAUAACUCAGACUAGUGGGGUGGGGGUAGUAAUGGGUGUACAGACAGUGCUGGCUUCUUGGUCCUCAACAACUAUUUUCAUAUACCUUCUACUGGAAGACUAUGAUGCAGCUCCUUAUGUGACCCUGGUAGAGAAGGGAGUAUCUUCUAAACUCCCCAUAGAUAUAGACUGCUAUAUCUAUGCUGGCCAGAAAUUCCACGGUAGCCAAAUCACUCUUAAAGCAAGAUGCAGCCAACAUUUUCUUUCUUUCUUUUUUUUAAAGGUCUGUUUAUUUAUUAUAUAUAAGUACACUGUCGUUGUCUUCAGACACACCAGAAGAGGGCAUUGGAUCCCAUUACAGAUGGUCAUGAGUCACCAUAUACUUGCUGGGAUCUGAACUCAGGACCUCUGGAAGAGCAGUCAGUGCUCUUAAGCACUGAGCCAUCUCUCCAGACCCGCAGCCAACAUUUUUAUUUGAAGCAGAUGAGUUACGCUUUUUUUUUUUUUGCCUGCAAGUUUUAUACAAAUCACUAUAUUUGAUUAAAAUUGGGAAGUUUUUUUUUAAGGAAAAUAGACUCAAAAGGAAAAAUUACUAAUAUUAACCAAAAUUACUUACUCAACAGGAAUGCUGUCACCAGAAAUAAUAAAAAUAUAUAUACUACUAAAAUUGCAAUGAAGAAUUAGUAAAAUUAUUUUAAUUCAGCUCAAAAUCAAAUAGAGAAAAAAAAAGAGAAAUCUGCACCUCACAAAGCAUUAGGUUUAUCACACAACAAUCAAGUUGCAAAUAUAUGCAGCUUUAAAGAGGUAUAUCUUAAACCAUAAAGAUUCAAAAGUGAAAAUGUGGCAAAUAUGUGGUGGCAUUAGCUCAGUGGCUUUAAUUUAGCUAUAUAAUAGCUGUGUGUGCGCUUAGCACCUUGCUUUCAAUGAAAUAUUUUAUUUUCUACUAUUGCUUAUAGAUUAUUUGCUUGCUUGUUAUGCUUUAUUUGAGGAGAAGAGGAUUCAUAGAAAAAAUGGAGGGUUUGAAGGGAGAGAUUAUUGGAUAAUUUAUUAUUACCUACUAUGCCUGGAAUGUGUUGAAACUAUGUGGCCUUCCCCAUCCCUGUCUCUCCCUUUCCUCUUUCCAGGCUUCCCUAUCCCGGUUUGAAAGGACAGAUUCUGUCAUCAUGUCUCAGAUCUUGCUUCCUCUGAGUUUUAAGUCCUCCCCUGACUCUCCAGCACAUACAAGGGGUCCUUCCCCAGGGCCCACCUGCUUAGAGUGCACAAGCAUCACAUCAAAAGCAGGGACAGAUGUGCCAUUAACAAUAAAACUAAAGCCAGAAGGCUUAGAGGCCAAGGGGACACUGUCUCAAUACAGAAAAAAACGUGAUUUGACAGUUUCUUUCCUUAGGAGUAACAAAAAGUACAGUUUGAGCAGCAGUACUGUGGUCAAGCUUGGACCCUUGCCCUGCUAAUUAUGUGCUCUGAGUUGCACAUAGGCUGAGGUAUACUCAUAGACAAAAUGAAGUGUUUUUAAGUCUCUACCAAGCUUUAAAACUUGAAAGGAAAUAGCUGAGUUGUUGAGGAAUAUGGGACCAAAUUCACUAACAUUUCCCAAGGCAACCAUCUCAAAUGCAAAUCUUUCUACUAAAUAUGUGUUUAGCCAAAGGGUGGGUCUAUUUUCAGGACAAUAGGCCAAAAGGAACAUACCAAUACAUCUUUUUCAUUUUCUAUAGUAAUAUACAUUUUAAUCAGGGAAAACUUGGAUUUGGGUAAGUUUUCAUAUAGUUCUGGGACAAAACUCCAAUAGCCAUCCAUACAAAAUCUUAACAAAAGAUGCUAGGGUGGAAAGAAAGCCAUACAGAGAAGCUCAUACCUGUCAUACAUCUUAUUAUAAGGAAUUCAUAUAUGGAUUGGAAUUUUAAUUUUUUAUUUCAUGUAAAAAGCAUCUUUAGAUAACAAUGUGAAAUAAAUAUUACAUAUUUUACUAUAAAUAUGUAGAUUUUUAAAGGCUAUUAUAACUUAAAUGAGAUGGAAAAUAGGUAAAUGCCAGGUUUACUGUUGGACAAGUAGUAGAUAUGCAAUUUAAAAAAAUAAUUCCAAAGGAAAUGGUUCGAGUCACACUUGUGUUUGCAAUACUGAGCUCCCAGAUUCUUCUGUAACUUUGUAUGUGUGUUCAAUUAAAACCCACUGUUAUAUAAAAUGUAAUGCAUUUUAUUUGUUAAGAUAUAUAUAUAUGUGUGUAUAUAUAUAUAUACCCUAUGUUGUUUUCAAGAGGGAUAUUAUCUUAACAAUAGCAUACUAUGAAAGCUAGUACUACAUUUUUAACCUAAUUGCCUUAAAUUUUAGCAUUCAAUAGGCGAGUGUCAAUUUCUUCUUGAGGAAAACAGCUUCCUCAAUGAUUUCACUUCAUUGUCUGAGUCUGUUACAUUUUUCUGUUACCAUAAAUUUAUGCUUACAUCAUCAUCUUGGGAACAUUCAACACAGUAGUGUGUUUUCCUGUUUUACAUAUCUGCAAGCCUGUGGAUCCAUUUCGUGAUUGGUUCACAGCCAGUUCAUUUGCAUAGUUAAAAUAACUGGCCCUUUGUCAACUAUUUUGUGAGUACAAGGGCUUUGGCAUUAAACACGUGUUUCCUCAUUAAAUGAUUUUGUCUUAAAAAUCUAAAGUAUAAUCUGUCAUCAGUGCAGAUGUCAUCAGAGACUUUUGCUUUGCCUAUUCUAAUGUUAAAUCUUACUGAUCAAAAUGUGAUUCCGAGGGGGCUAAUUUUUCAUGUCAAUGUCUUUAAAAUGCUGGGUUAUGAAACUGAGAUGAACCCCCACAUCUUGUGACAAUGAAUGAUGACCAGUGGACGCCAUACAGCACAACACUCUGUACACUCAGCCUGACACACUGCAGCAACCUCAUCCAAAGCAGGCUGACCACUGUGGAACCAGACUGUGCUAACUCUGAUCCUAAAGUUAAGCUAGCCCUGCAGCUCUCCUACUGAAUCUACAAAAGAAUUUCCAAGAUACAGUAAAACUUCAUUCUCAGAGGAUCUGGUAGCCAUCACUGGAAAACUGAAAACAAACCCUACUUUAAUUUUAAUGAAUUUUUGUUUGUUUAAUUGGCUUGGGGUGAUUAUUUUGGAGAUAUUUGGUUGGUUGUGGCUUUGGGGAGAUGGCAGCUCUUUGUGGGGGUUGCCUAGUAAUUUUAUAAUACACUACUUAGUUUGGGCUUUCAACUCAUUAUAAUGCUUAAAAGAAUAAUUAAUGUUCUAAAUCAUAAUUGCAUGACAGUUUAGAUCGUCUCACUGUUUAGUUAUAGCCUAAUGGGUACUGUGUUCCUCUGUUCCCAACAAUAAAGUUCCUAGUUUAUUAAAUAGUAUUCAAACAGAAAAUUAUGCUGCCCAAACAGGUUGAAGUAUACGAUACUCUAUGUAGCUUAUACAAAACUUCCAUGCACACAGUUGUAUGUCUGCUACAUUUUAAAGCUGCCACUGUGGCCGUCUCAUCUUCCUAUGCCAACACCUCAGCUGUGGUGUCCUGUGGUGUCCUGUACAUAGGCUAUGGUACAAACACAGCUGUAAUCUGCUUAUUCAACGUCAAGUCCACAAGGUCUGAGGCAAUGCAAUGACACUGUAAUCCAAACGGCGCACUGUGCAAGUCACCUUCACCCCUGCGUUCUUUGCCACAAAUGCUGACACAGUGUUUUUAAGUAUUUUUUUCAGACUUGUAAUAAACAUAUCUGUAUCAUAUCUACAUAGUCAAGCUAUGUCUAGUAAUUCAGUUUUAAAAUGUUGCCUAGUAACUAAAGAAAAAUAUCUACUAAAUUUCCCAUAUAAUUGUUCAAAUUCUCUUCUGUUGUCAAUAUAGGCCUGUCUCUAUUAUAUGUAAAAUACAAGAAGGGCCCUGUGGUGAGAUUUUGCCUGACAAACUUUAGCUGUUAGAACAGGUCAACGAGGGGUUGGGGAUUUAGCUCAGUGGUAGAGCGCUUGCCUAGCAAGUGCAAGGCCCUGGGUUCAGUCCUCAGCUCCGGAAAAAAAAAAAAAAAAAGAACAGGUCAAUGACUGCACUGUCCUCAGAUGUGACUGGGUGUGGGUAAACUCGGUGUUGAAGCACUGCCUAGUGCAUGAAGGGCCGUGGGAUCAAACCCAACACUAACCAAUUUAGAUAUCUGCAAAAUUAAUGAUUAUAGGCAUUUAGGUUCUAGCAUUUAGGGAAGGGGAUGGGGUAAAGGAGGAGGGGAAAAUGAAAGAAGAUGGCGGGAAAAACAGCACUGCUAAUAUAUGAAGGUAUUAAAUGGGGGAGUUAACACACACAGAAUGUGUUUGUGGAAAAUGACUGGUUUGGGGAGGGCACACACAGGCCCUUGUGUGUUUAGGAGGGGAUCCUAAAUUAUCUCCUGGGCUUUCCUCCCUUGGUUUACCAGUCAUUUGUUUUUCAAUUUUAAUUGCUUAACUUGCAAAAGUUAUUAAUUCAAGAUUUAAGGAUUAUAAGCUUAUUGUUAAACUCAGGACAACUCUGUGAAGAUUAAAUUAAUUUUCUGAAAAAUUAUGAUGAAAGUGUUUAGCACUGUUUAAUUAAUGCAUACAAACAGCCUUAUUGGGGACAAUCUUGGAUGGUUUCUCUAUAUAAUUAUUAAUAAACAUCCCAUUCUUUUUCUCUCAUGUUAUAAAGAUUUUAAUUGUUUUAAUGAAGGUCCCUAAGCAUCCCCUGGGUUAAAAAAUACUCAAAAGUAUUUUUGUAAAUCUAAGAAGUAAAGUGUGAGAAAUCAAAUACUAAAUGAGGAGUUCUUUAAGUGCUCCUAGACGUGCAUAUUAAGUAACAACUUCGUAGCUUGGCGCUAUACGCAUCACUAGGUUUGUAGCUACAGUGCAUGGUCCGUCACUCCAUUACUGACGUCAACGUCCUAGAGGGUUGUCACAUUAGUCUAGAAAAGCUCUGAAUGCUGCAGGAGAGAAGAAGAAGCACAGUCAGCAUUUUGUGUUAAGAUUUCCCAAAGAGUGACCCUGUCUUGUCUGCUCCUGUCAUCCUGUACCCUGUUGGCUUUCCACAUGGAUUCUCGCCAGAAGCUAAAGCACGUGCAUAAGUGGCUACGUCUUGUCUCUCUCAUCUGCCUCUACAUGCUUUAUUCCACUAUAUUUGCUAACAAGAUGUUUUCGUUUCAGUUCUGUAAACAGGAUGUGGUUUAGCAUAUGCCUGUUUGUUUGGCUGUCCAUCCUGCACCAUUAAUACAAUGCCUUUUCCCCAUUUAAUGGUGUUUGUAUCUAUGUCCCUAUAUCUGCUGCAUUUUAACUUCAUUAAAAAAACAUGAUUUUGUAUUUAUACUUUGCUGAUCUAUUCAGUAAUUCUGCACCAAUCAGCAGACUUCUCUGCAUGUAGUAGUCUGUACAAUUGUUCAACAUCAGAAUACUUGUUCAUGUCAAAUGUCUAUAAAAUUGCCAACAUUGUUCUCCAUUUCAGUCUGGUAGAAUACGUGAGAUAGAAAAUAAAUGUGUAAAUGAA